AUGUAUGGGAACACACACUGGGGGUCAUGGUUGAUCCUUUUGAACCGAUUUAUUGAAUUGCGGCCAGCUAUCAUGCAUUUCAUUGAACAUGCUGACCGCAAAGACUCCGUACCAAAGGCAAAGGGUCAUACACCUAAAUACAGUGCAUGGGUGUUCAGCGAUAAUGAUUGGAAUAUGAUGGAAAUAAUCAGAGAUGCGCUCAAGGUUGCAGGUCAUGCCCAACAAUCAUUCUCCAGGACUUCGAAGGCUUCAAGUGCUCCAUACUCACUCUCAGUCUAUGAGGGGCUGAUUACAACUUGGGAGGGGAUGCGAAAAAACCCAAAAUAUACCUACAUCUAUGAUGCACUCGAUGCUGGCAUUGCUAUUAUGGGGAAAUAUUACGAUGAAACGGACAUGUCACCUCUUGCCGUUCUCAGCACAGUUCUUGAUCCGAUGACAAAAGAUUCCUAUAUCAACCAUUAUUUUGCACCGCAAUACAAACGGACUGCAAUGCAAAGUGUCCGGAAUGUUCCUUAUGAUCUGAUCCCACUCCAAGAUCCAUGUUCCAUGAUCCAUGAUCCAACACAGCCAGACAAACCUGGAUCAUUGAUUGUUGGUAUGUACAGUGCCUCGUAG